CAGCAGACAGGACCGAGAGGACGCCAUGUGCUUGUGAGGCAGAGCGAGUAAAAAGGGGACCCGGCUGUGACAGACUUGGCUUGUUGUAUUUUUAAGGCACACCGGGUGAAACGGCUCCCGUUAACGUUAAGCAUGUACUGCACCAGACGCUGCCUCCGGACCGCGCUGCGGGUUGCAGCGACCUCACACCGGCAACAGCUUCAGCGGCAAACACCAGCCUUGUGUGCGCUCAGACUUCUGAAGACCAGCCCAGCCAACCACUCAGACGCCAUCGCCACCCCAUCUCUCGAUGGAGCAGCCAAACUGUAUUCCGCCAAAAUCCAACAGCUCGUCGGUGACAUAGCCAGCCUCACUUUAUUAGAGGUGUCGGACCUCAACGAGCUCCUCAAGAAAACUCUGAACAUUCAGGAUGUUGGAAUGAUGCCGAUGGGAGCGAUGGCAUCGGCUGUACCUGCUGCUGCCGCAGAAGAGGACGAAGUACCAGUCAAGAAGGAGCAGACUCACUUCAUUGUAAAGUUGACAGAAUUAAAGGCAGCUGAAAAAGUAAAACUUAUAAAGGAAGUGAAGAACUGCAUCCAAGGCCUGAAUCUGGUGCAGGCUAAGAAACUAGUGGAGUCUCUUCCUCAGGAAAUCCGAGCCAAUGUAUCCAAAGAAGAGGCAGAGAAACUGAAAGCAUCCCUGGAGGCAGCAGGCGGCACCGUCGUGUUGGAGUAGAUCUACGUCCCCACCUGUUCUCCACCGUUUUGCUGCUCAUGCACUUCAUUCUUCAUUCUGUUAUUUCCUUUUUCUUUUUUUUUUAAACAUGACAAAGAAGAGCAUCCUGGGAAACAAAGAAAUGCCUUCUGACAUUAAUACUGUCUCUUAACGGCAUCAGAUGGGGCAGUACAACUCGGACUGAACUUUCCAGGCACACAGCCUGCACGAAUGGCCGCCCAGAUGUUUGCGUUUGUUUUUGUCUGCUUGUGUGUCGUUCUGAUACUUGUGAAGC